GUGUGUGUUUGUGUGUGUGUGUGAGUGCACGCAUGCCCCCACAGCGGUCAUAAAUGGUAAAGCUGAGCUGGCAAGGAGGAAGUGAUGUGCUCACCUUAACGUAAAGCUAGGCAGAUAAAUAGCAGCUCUCUGCAUCCCUGACUUCAGCACAAGUGUUUAGUCCACACUUUCAUCGCAGCAGGACCAGAAGACGCACCUGACACUUACUGGGAUUUACACAGCACAUACUCAGAGAGAAAGCAGAAUGAAGCUCGCUUUUGUGAUUCUCUGCCUGCUCGGAGCUGCCAGUGCAAAUCCAAUUUUGCACAAAGUUGCCAUGGAUAUGAUGGAGCCUGCAUCUAACUCUACCUCCUCGAUGUCUGAAUCUACUGAAGAAACCAAUGCCAUAGACCAAGAUAGCUCUCAGGAAAAUACUUCCGAGGACACUACAUCAGAAUCUAUGGAGUCAAAAUCAUCUGAGCAGACCACAGAAACAAGCCAAAGCCACUCACUGGAAGAGCGGUUUGGUACUGGAGAGGCUGGAAUGACCGUCGAUAACAGCCAAGGAAGCACAGAGAACAUGCGCAAGAACUGGAUUCGCGUCUUCAGCCCCCAGGAGAUCAGUUCUGAAGACAACAGCACGUCAGCCAGCCUGGCAUUAGCUAGCAGUGAGAUCAGCAAAUCUGCGGAGAGCCAAGAGAAAAAAUCCAACAGCAUCAGCAGCAGUAGUGAGAGCAAUGAGUCUACUGAGGGUCAAGGCAAAAAUUCAACUAGUAGCAGCAGCGAGAGCAGCGAGAGCAGCGAGUCCAUUGAAAACCUGGAGAAGAACUCCAACAGCAGCAGCAGCAGCAGCAGUGAGAGCAGCGAAAGCAGCGAGUCUAUCGAGACCCAAGAGAAAAACUCCAACAGCAGCAGCAGCAGCAGCAGCAGUGAGAGCAAUGAGUCGAAAGAAAAUCAGCCGAAAGCUUCAGACAGCAGCAGCGAGAGCAGCGAGAGCAACAGCAUCGAGAACAAAUCAACGAUCGACAGCAAUGAGAACAGCGCCAUGAAAAGCAGCAACAGCUCCAGCAGUGAGAGUCACGAGUCCACUGAGUCCACCAAGUCCACCGAAAGCAAACAGAGUCACUCAGACGAGUGCCAGCCUGGAGCCGACAGCCAGGACUGCGACAGCGACGAGUACGUCCUCCAGAACGUCGGAGACGACGGAGCCAGCGACCCGUUUAACGGCUUCCACGUGCCUGACAGCACCGAGCGCGAGGUCGCAUUUAAGAGAUGAUCGAAUGCAUGUUGAUAUUCCGAUUAUUAUUAUAGCUAGCGGUAGUGACUCUGCUCUGAAAUGUGCAGUGUGGAAAUCCCUGGAGAGAAAUAUCAACAUGAUAAAUAAAGGAAUAAAAAUUACAGACCUAUUAAUGAAAACCAAAGAAUAAUGUUUAUAUAUAUAUAUAUAUAUAUAUA